CGGGUGACCUUGACACUGACUGACAGUGACCAGCACAGCAGUGAGGACAGUGUCGUCUGGUAUUGUUGUGACAACAUAGAUGACGGUUAAAUUAUUGAUAACACGAUUUGAACACUGUAAAACAACACUCCCCCUAAAUCACAUGGUCAAUUUGGCGUGCAAAUCGUGUGACCCCUGAGUAGUAUUUUAUUAUUAUCUUAAACCCUGCUUCUACCUAACCUAAAAUGGCAGUUAGCCAAACAGCCAAAGCUUUGUGGGCUAGGUUCAUGACAGAUACAAAAUCAUUUGGAAGAGUGUUGGACAAAGUUAGGAUUGUAUCAGCUAAUGACGGGCGGUGUACAGCCGAACUGACAGUUGCUGAAGAACAUUCCAACUCCCAUGGAACAUUACACGGAGGUCUGUCUGCAACAAUAGUCGACAUCGUUUCAACUCUUGCCCUCGUCACACAUAAGAGACAGGCAUUUGGGGUGUCGACUGAUCUCCAUGUUUCAUAUUUAAAAGCUGCAGAAAUCGGUGAAGAUGUGGUCAUUGAAGCCAACACAAUACGUGCAGGACGGACACUCGCUUAUCUGGAAGUUUACAUUAAGAAAAAAUCAGAUGGUUCUGUGGUAGCCAAAGGAUCUCAUACAAAGUUUAUCGGGAAUGAAAGCGGUAACUUGUUUGAAAACCUGUCAAGCUAGCCCAUAUAGUUCAUUUCAAUUAUUUAUGUUGUGUUUUAAAAAAAUACUUAAAUUCUCUAA